AAUCAAUCUCACUUAUAAGUGGAUGUAUCCUUGAAUCUGUUACGAACAACAAAUUGUGACCUAGGAAAACGCUAAUAUUAUUACAUUGUCACAACAAAUCUCACAUUCACAAACAAUUCCUUCAAGAUUAUAAAAAAAUAGUGUUGACGAUGCGUAAAAUUCGUUAGAACACGCGAAAUUUGAAAGUUUUUAACAUAACAUCUCCAAAACGGUACAAGGUACAUAGUGUAGAAUUUAAAUGAAGCUGGUGUGGAUUUAACUGAGCUAGCCUAUCAAAAUGAGCUUGUUUCUUACCCUCUUGAGUUACGGGACUGCUCUACUUCUUGUAGCAGCAGUAUCUUUCUACGCAUAUUUCCUGUAUUCCUACACAUACUGGUCUAAAAAAGGAGUACCAUAUCUAGAGCCAAAGUUUCCAUAUGGAAACUGUACUAGUCUUUUCGCUAAGGCGAAAGGAUAUUCCGUAGGAAUGGUAGACAGCUGCUACAAGAAAAUGAGGGAGCAAGGAUGGAAAGUUGGAGGAUUCUUCACAGUCGCCAGGCCGACACUCUUGGUGUUAGAUCCUGAAUAUGUUAGAGAUAUUUUGGUAAAGGACUUUAGUAACUUCGUAGACAGAGGAUUUUAUUACGUAAAGCAUGAUAAAACAACAGAAAAUCUCUUCGUAGUGGACGAAAUAAAUUGGAAAAAUAUUAGAACAAAACUAACCCCGACAUUCACGACAGGAAAAAUGAAAAUGAUGUUUCCGCUUAUAACCCACGCAUGUGGACAAAUGACGAAAUUCAUGGAACAAUUGGCCGAAAAGAAACAAGACAUCGAUAUCAGAGAGUGUUUGGCCAUGUUUACCACAGAUGUGAUAGUAUCUUGCGCAUUAGGGCUCGAUAGUAACUGUUUUACAGAUAAAGAAAGCAAAUUCAGAAAUAUAGGAAAGUCGUACUUCAGUUUUAAGGAUGUAUUACUUGCAGCUAAAGUAUCGUUGAUGAAUUAUGCUCCGGAGCUAGCUGUACAAUUAGGAAUUCCAAGCCUGAAAAAGGAGCAACGCCAAUUUUUCGUCAAUAUAAUUGGUUCAACAGUCGAUUAUAGAAGAAAAAAUAACGUAAGAAGGGAAGAUUUUCUUCAGUUGAUGAUCAACUUAUUAGAUCAACCAAAGGAUGCUCCAAAUCAUCUAACGUUCGAUCAAGUGAUAGCUCAAGUCAGCAUCUUCUUCGUGGCAGGUUUUGAAACAUCAUCUUCGACAAUGACAUUUGCUUUAUAUGAGUUAGCGAAACAUCAAGAAUUACAAGACAGACUUCGAGACGAAAUUAACACAGCUUUAAACGACAAAAAAGAACUAACUUACGAGUCCAUCAACGAAAUGCAGUACCUUCAACAAGUUAUUGAUGAAACUUUAAGGUUGUAUCCAGUAGUUUCAAAUCUUCAGAGGAAGUGUGUGCAAGAUUACACAUUUAAAAACUCGAAUAUGGUCGUAGAAAAGGGUGUAACUUGUGUGAUACCGAUAUUUAGUAUACAGAGAGAUCCUGAAUUCUUUAAAGAUCCUCUGAUGUUUGACCCCGACCGAUUUAGUCCUGAAAAUAAAAAUAAUAUUGUUCCGUAUUCGAAUUUACCGUUUGGAGAAGGACCUCGAAACUGUAUAGGAUUAAGAUUUGGAUACAUGCAAAGCAAAAUAGGUAUUAUAGAGAUUAUACGGAGAUUUAAAUUGACAAUUAGUCCAAGUACCAAGAUGCCCAUACAAAUAGACCCUGAUUUCUUUAUAUUACAGCCACUAGAAACUCUUUAUUUGCAAGCAGCACCAAUAUAAUGAAUUUUAAAAAUUUGUUAGUAAUUCUUAACAUUAGUUUUUAAUUUUAGUAAUAAUAAAAUAAUAAAGUAAAACCCUCACAUAGAGAAGUAAAACUCUCACAUGCAACCCAUUCAACAUUUGAAUAAUAAAAUAGUUUGUAGACUUA